AUGAAGCUCUGCACCGGCCCCGUCCUGCUCCUGACCGUGCUGUUUGCUGUCCAGCACGCAGCAGUCGCCGACGAUUGUCUCGACAGUCCCCCGCCGGGCCGCGAUUGGUGGACUUUUCGGGCAGGUCGCCUCGGAAGCUUCGAGGUUUGGAGUCUCGGAAACGGCAGAUACCAAUUCGAAUUCGAACCAAACGACGGACAGCCUGCCGACUCGACCUGGACUCUCGAACAGAAACUCGGCCCGAACGAUAUGGAGACCAUCAUCCGGCCGACCCACGCCACCAGCUGCGCCAAUGUGGACUCUGAAGCUUAUUCAGACGCUACCAACGCUCUCAAUGCCUUCGUCCUCGCGCAGUAUGACCGCCUGCAGAACUACUACAUCAGCUACAAUGGACAACUCGGCCAGCUUGGCCUGUACAACUACUGA